AUGCCGCCGGCUGAUCACGAUGCGGAAGAAUCUUGCGCAAUUUGUUUAGAGCCCAUCCACGACAGAUGCGUGCUUCCUCGAUGCUUUCACUCGUGCUUCUGCUUUGAAUGCGUUCUCACAUGGUUUCACACACAAAAGGAGGAGCAGAGAUGCCCGCUAUGCAAGACCCCAGUAGGACCUUAUAUUCUCCAUGCAUUGGAUCCUAAGCUGCAUCAGUAUCUGGUGCAUACAGUGGAUGACAAGACUCCAGCGCAUGUACCUGCUACGCAGCAGGACAUUCCAGAAGACAGUGAGGAAGAACAGGCUGAGCCGCCUUCGGAGACUCCCGAGGAGCGAAGGCAAAGAAUACGUCGUCGUGAAGAACGUCGCAACCGUAUCUGCCAACGCAAUGCGUUGUUGUUUCGCCGGCAUGUAUACCGACAUCAUUUGUAUGCAAAGCAUGUGCCUUCCAAUCGGUACACGAAGUAUCGUCCUUAUCCAGGGCCCAUGGGCUUCCGGAAGAACCCAGCAUUGGCUCGCCUCUUGUCCACGUUUUUGCAGCGCGAAUUGCAAGUGUGGCCUCAUUUGGACAGAGAAUUUCUGAUGUACUAUAUACCCGCCAUGCUCUCACACACAGACAUUCGAUCGGAUGAAAUGAUUGAGAUGCUGACAGACUGGAUCGGUAGUGAAGACGAAGCAAGGCACCUUGCUCAUGAGAUGGAGCUUUUCGUCCGAAGCGGCCGUGCGACGAUAGGAUUGUACCAGUACGACACCAGUCCCUGGUUGCAAUAUGAUCAUGUAGAAUAG